UUUUUUUUAAAAGAGCGAGUGGCCUUGGCGGCGGCGGUUUGACUUAGGCGCCGUGGAGGUGAGGGAGGCUCGCCUCUCCGGCUCUGACCUGUCACCUCCCUGCUGCAGACUGGACUUCACUACUAAGGCUCCUUGAGUACUUGAGAGUCUCCUUAGAAUCUGCUGUGGAAGCAAAAGCAGACUAUUCCAUUAUGGAUGGAGGGGAUGAUGGUAACCUUGUCAUCAAAAAGAGGUUUGUGUCUGAGGCAGAACUAGAUGAGCGGCGCAAAAGGAGGCAAGAAGAGUGGGAUAAAGUUCGAAAGCCAGAAGACCCAGAAGAAUGUCCGGAGGAGGCCUACGACCCCCGCUCUCUGUACGAGCGGCUGCAGGAGCAGAAAGACAGGAAGCAGCAGGAGUAUGAGGAGCAGUUCAAAUUCAAAAACAUGGUAAGAGGUUUAGAUGAAGAUGAGACCAACUUCCUUGAUGAGGUUUCUCGGCAGCAGGAACUAAUAGAAAAGCAGAGACUAGAAGAAGAACUGGAGGAACUGAAGGAAUACAGAAGUAAUCUCAACAAGGUUGGACUUUCCGCAGAAAAUAAAGAAGUAGAGAAGAAGCUGGUUGUGAAACCCAUAGAAACCAAGAACAAGUUCUCCCAGGCAAAGCUGUUGGCAGGAGCUGUGAAGCACAAGAGCUCAGAGAGUGGCAAUAGUGUGAAAAGACUGAAACCAGACCCUGACCCUGAUGACAAGGCUCAAGAGGCCCCAUCCUGUGUGUCUCUUGGAAGCUCUUCUCUGAGUGGACCCUCCAUCCACUGCCCAUCUGCUGCUGUCUGCAUUGGCAUCCUCCCUGGCUUGGGUGCCUACUCGGGGAGCAGUGACUCCGAGUCUAGUUCAGACAGUGAAGGCACCAUCAACGCUACUGGGAAGAUUGUCUCCUCCAUCUUCCGAACCAACACCUUCCUCGAAGCACCCUAGGUCCUGAAAGUGCCACAGGGAGCAUCUCCCCAGAGGGUCAGAUGUCAGUUCUGUCUCAGCAUCACUUCCUUCCUGUGCACACGUGACAUUUAACCUAACCCAGAAAUGUGCCACAGUCCACUUGUGGCUCAAACCUUGCUUGAUUUCUCUUUAUACUCCAGUACCAAGCCUGUCCCGUUGAUACGAGGUUUGGGUUCAGGCAAGUCUCAGAAAUGCCACUGACAGUGCAAGGACAGGCACCAGCUGGCUUGCAAGGGGUCACUGUACUUUGUUGCUCUUUUGUUUUUUCCUCUCCUAGUAGCACAGGACGCAAGGGCAGACAUCUUGAUAUUCUGUUGUAGGUGAAUGGGCUGCUUGGUUCUACUGUGUUGCAUAUGGGCAUAGAGAAAGGGGCUGACUAGCUGAAGGCAUGGAGCUCUGCCCUGGAACUAACCCUUCCUGGGUGUCGUAUGGC